AUGACCAGCAUGUUCUCUCGCUCUCUGGCGAACGCGAUUUUCCGCCGGAAUAUCACCCGGACCCCAUGUAUCAGGACUCUGCACACUUCUAGACCCGUAUUGAACGCGUCAGGCGCGUUGAAUAACAUCCUCGAGGGCGUUGCUCUUCCGGUGCAAGUCAAGACGGUAACCGCCCGAGGUAUCCACCUGGUCGACGGAAUGAUACUCCCAUCUGCUUGUAUCUUCCUUGACGCAAAGGUCUUCUUGUGGAAUGUGCCGGAGAAGCUGUGGGAAGGAUGGGAGAAGAAGCAUUUCGAGAUCUUUGAGAUGGUCGUGCCCAAGCCUGAGAUACUCCUUUUUGGUACGGGCCAGAGAGUAGCUGUGCUACCGCCUGCCCUACAUCAGUACUUAAGGCAAACAGGUAUUCAAGUAGACGUGAUGGACACCCGUAAUGCAUGUUCGACAUAUAACUUGCUCGCCGAAGAAGGUCGUCAGGUUGCCGCUGCUCUACUUCCAAUGUCUCCAAAAAGCUGGCGCACUGCUUGA